AUGGGAAGGGCUCCAUGCUGUGACAAAUCUCUCGUCAAAAGAGGGCCAUGGUCUCCUGAUGAAGAUGCCACCCUCAGAAACUACCUUCAGAAACAUGGCACAGGUGGUAAUUGGAUAGCUCUCCCCAAAAAAGCAGGCCACAUAUUAAGCUUGGAGGUUUCACUGAAGAGGAAGACAGAGUUAUCUGCACCCUUUAUGGCACCAUUGGAAGUAGGCAAGUGGUCCCUUAUAGCAGCUCAACUGCCCGGGAGAACAGAUAAUGAUGUGAAAAAUCACUGGAACACCAAACUAAAGAAAAAGUUCUUGGCAGGAAACACUAGUAGUACUGUUGCCACAAGCUGCAACAAUGGCACUGUCAGCAGAAAUAGUGACAAUGACCAAUUCUCAUCUUUUACUCUUCAACCUCAAGUUGAGGCCUUUGUCUUGAAUCAGAAACUGAACUCAGCUUGGUUUGACUCCUACAAUAUUUUGGAUUUGGGACAAGCACCAAUUCCAGUUCCUCUUCCAAUGCCUCAGGAAUCAGAAGGAUUUAAUACUGGGGAGAGCAGUUUUAGUGCACCACCCUCUAAGGAAGUUUCAGUGCUAAUAUCCAAUGCAGCUUCCUUAGCACAGCAGAACAAACAUACACAAUGGUUUGGCUACGACUAUGCAGGUGAAGAUGAUCCAAAUUUUCUUGAAUUUGUGCUUGACGAUCUGCUGAUCAAUCAUGGGUUUGCAACUCCUGAUGACAAAAGCAGCCGGGCUGCUCCAUCAUGUCUGGCUAACCAAGACUCAUUCUACUCAUCAAAAACUUGA